AUGGGAACAUUAACCAUUAAGAAAGCAUUAUCCCUUCUCAUCAACUUUGUCCUAUUUGCUCAGUUGGUUCCUUCACCGGAAGCUGCUUUUUCUUCUACUUCUUCCAAAGAAGCUACUGCUCUUCUUACAUGGAAAGACAGCCUUCAAAACGACUCCCAAUCUCACUUAUCUUCAUGGAGUCCUUCAGUUUCUUAUUCCAAUCUAAACCUAAGUGGGAAUCCAUGCAAUAAUUGGCUUGGUAUUUCAUGCAACCUUGCUGGAAGCAUCGUCAAAAUAGACCUUGGCAACUCUAGUUUACAAGGUACGCUUCACGGAUUUUCCUUCUUGUCAUUUCCAAAUCUUGCGUACAUUGAUCUUUACAUGAACGCACUUUUUGACACAAUUCCACCUCAAAUUAGCUACCUGUCAAAACUUGAAUAUCUCGAUUUGUCCUUUAAUCAGUUUUCAGGUAAAAUCCCACCAGAAAUUGGCAAGCUAACUAAUCUUAAGUUCCUCUACCUUGAAGACAAUUACCUAAAUAGCUCCAUUCCUGAAGAAAUAGGGCGCCUACACUUUCUAACUGAACUUGCUCUUUACAAAAACCAUAUAGAAGGUUCCAUUCCACCUUCUUUAGGCAAUUUGAGCAACUUGGUUAACUUGUUUCUUUAUGACAAUGAACUUUCUGGUUUCAUUCCUCCAGAAAUGGGAAACCUCUCCAAUUUGGAUAAACUUUUCCUUAGUAUUAACCACCUGACAGGUUCAAUCCCUCCCACUUUCGGAAACUUGAAAAAGCUAACCAUCUUGUCCAUGUUUGGUAAUUCACUUUCCGGUCCCAUCCCUUCAGAAAUUGGAAAUUUGAAUUCCCUAAAGGAAUUAAGUCUUCUUCAAAAUAAUCUUUCGGGCUCAAUUCCAGCAUCAUUAGGUAAUUUGGGAAAUCUUACCAUACUUCACCUGAAUAACAAUAGCCUUUCUGGAUCCAUUCCUACGGAAAUAGGAAACUUGAAGUUUAUCAAUGGUCUACAGUUGGAUGAAAACCAACUACAUGGUUCUCUUCCAACUUCAUUUGCUAAUUUGACCAAUUUGAUAAAGUUAUUCCUUAGUGACAACCAACUUACGGGACCUAUUCCUCAAGGAAUUGGAGAUCUCAUCAACUUGGAUACUCUAGAACUGGAAAAAAAUGAAUUUACUGGUAAUUUGCCUCAAAACAUUUGCCAUGGUGGAUCACUUCUAUACUUUGCUGCAAGCAACAACCGUUUGGAUGGCCAAAUUCCCAAAAGCUUCAAAAAUUGCACAAGCGUAGUCAGAGUCCUAUUAGGAGGUAACCAACUCAUUGGGGAUAUAUCUAAGGACUUUGGUGUUUAUCCAAACUUGAAGCUCAUAGAUCUAAGUCAUAAUAGAUUUUAUGGAAGGAUCUCAAGUAAUUGGGGACAAUGUCAGCAACUACAAAUCCUACUUCUGGGUAAAAACAAUAUUACUGGUAGCAUACCACACGAGAUUGGAAAUUGGACUCAACUAGGUGAACUUGAUCUUUCUUCCAAUCAUAUAGUUGGGACUAUUCCAGAAGAAUUCGGAAGGUUGAUUUCUUUAGAGCGAUUGAGGAUGAAUGGCAAUCAACUCUCUGGUGCUAUUCCUUUUGAAUUUGGAUCAUUGACAAAUCUUGAAUAUCUUGACAUGUCCGCAAACAAGCUGAGUAAGUCAAUUCCAAGUAAUUUUGGGGACUUUGUGAAAUUGAUCGACUUGAAUUUAAGCCACAACAAUUUUAGCGAAGGGAUUCCAGCCCACCUCCUAACCUUCUAUCAUAUCUCCAAAUUAGAUAUAAGUUACAACUCUUUAAAUGGAGAGAUACCAAUGGAAAUUAACAAAUUGGAGAGCUUAGUGAUCUUAAAUCUCUCCCACAAUUAUCUUUCUGGUUUCAUUCCGAAAGCAUUCGAACAAAUGCGUGGCUUGUUGUAUGCCGACAUAUCCUACAAUGAGUUGCAGGGACCCAUUCCUAAUAGCAACGCAUUUCAAGCAUUACAAGGGAACAAGCGGUUGUGUGGUAAUGUUACAGGACUACAACCAUGCAAUGCUUCCAUGAUAUACAAACAUAGCUCAAAAAAGGGACACAAAGUAGUGUUUCUUCUUGUUUUCCCGCUUUUAGGAGCAGUUUUUGUUCUACUUUCUUUCUUUGGGGUUUUUCUCUUUAUGCAAAGAAGAAAGACAGAUCUAGAAUCCAAACAAAGCAAGGCCGAGGGCCAAGUACUGUUUCUUUCAGUAUUACAAUUCAAUGGAAGAGCAUUGUAUGAUGAAAUCAUAAAAGUGACCAAUGGUUUUGAUGGUUUUGUCUUAAAGCAGAGCUAA